AUGUCGACUGCCAUCAUUGAAGACACGCUGGCACCGACGGUGGAGAACAUCCUGCAGCAAAAGACGCUCAAAUGGAUCUUUUGCGGCGGCAAGGGCGGUGUGGGCAAGACGACGACGUCGUGCUCGCUGGCCGUGCAGCUCUCCCAGGUCCGCGAGAGCGUCCUGCUCAUUUCGACUGACCCGGCGCACAACCUCAGCGAUGCUUUUGGGCAAAAGUUUGGCAAGGAGGCUACCAAGGUCAAUGGCUUUGAUAAUCUGAGCGCCAUGGAGAUUGAUCCGACGAGCAGCAUCCAAGAAAUGAUUGAGCAGUCCGACGCACAGCAGGGAGGCGGGGGAGCAAUGUCGUCGAUGAUGCAGGACCUCGCGUUUGCCAUUCCGGGCGUAGACGAAGCGAUGGGCUUUGCAGAGAUCAUGAAGCACGUCAAGUCGAUGGAGUACAGCGUCAUCAUCUUUGACACGGCACCCACGGGCCACACGCUCCGCUUCCUCUCCUUUCCCUCGGUUCUCGAAAAGGCCCUGGCCAAGUUCUCGACGCUGGGAAGGAGCUUUGGUCCAAUGUUGAAUCAGAUGACGAGCAUGAUGGGCGGCGGCCAGGGCAACCAGGAAGACAUGUUUGCCAAGCUCGAGUCGAUGCGGGCCGUCAUCAACGAGGUCAACACGCAGUUCAAGGACCCAGACAAGACGACGUUCGUCUGCGUCUGCAUCGCCGAGUUCCUCUCCCUCUACGAGACGGAGCGGCUGAUCCAGGAGCUGACGCAGUAUGAGAUCGACACCCACGUCAUUGUCUGCAACCAGCUCCUGUUCCCCAAGAAAGGCUCCAACUGCGAGCACUGCAGCGUGCGAAAGGCGAUGCAGAACAAGUACCUGGGCGAGAUGAUGGAGCUGUACGCCGAAGAUUUCCACAUCGUCCGCUGCCCGCUUCUCACCGAAGAGGUGCGAGGGGUGGACAGGAUCAAGAACUUCUCCAAAUUCCUCGUGGAACCAUACCAACCUCCGUCAGAGUAGAUGUCCAUUCCGUGAUGAUAUAAAUACACUAUUCUCGAGGCAGGUGCAAGGCAUUUGCGUAGUAGUCUGAGCUUGUGAUUGUGGUCUUGGUGGCUUUUCUAUGCAUGCUCUUCG